UCUAUACAAAGGAAUGGAAGCCAAAGAUUCCUUGACGUUGUUUAUAAUAAAUAUUGAAGGUAGAACUUGAACUUGCAUUUUGAGCAAAAGUUUCGCUGUGCCUCCCUUUUUGGCAAGUCACGUCUUCCUUCCGACCAUGGACUCAAAAGAACGAAUCGACGCCGCUUGCAGCUUCCUUCUCCAAUCCCCACCAGGAGAAAUCAACGACGUCCUCAACGAUGUCCGAAAUAUCAUAUCCGACGACGACACCCUCCAAGAAGGCGUCCUCCCAGCACUGCGCGAGUACAACCUCGCCCAAUUCAUGACCGUGGACGUCCCCGGAACAGACCAUCAAUCCAUCGUGAGCGAGGCUGCGAGGGUGCCGUCAUCCGAGAACGGGAAAGAAAGGUUUCUGGAUCCCCGGUCCCAGACUACCUUCGAGUUUGACCAUCUCAUCUUGGAAGCAUCAGAGUCACAGCCGGUGGAACCAAAUGAAGACUCAGAACCUUUCCGCUCUGCAUUAGAAAAGGCGACACUCCAGUACCUCUCAGCCCACUUUCUCGACGGCGUCUCCUCAGUAUUCUCGAGGACCGAAUCCCCAAACCAAUUCGUCAUACAAAUCGUAGCGAACAAGUACAAUCCCUCAAACUACUGGUCAGGACGAUGGCGGUCAGAGUACAUCGUCGAUCUCAAUGAACACAAGGUCGAUGGAAAGGUGCUGGUCAACGUGCAUUAUUACGAGCAGGGAAAUGUCCAACUUGCUACGACGCACACCGUUUCAAUAACACUCCCCUCUGCUAUCGUCACAUCCUCUCCGGGGACUUCCACCACCAAAAUCCUGGCCCUCAUCGAGUCAGAGGAAGGCAAGUUCCAGUCAAUAUUGAACGACACGUAUCAGGACAUGGGCGAGAAGACAUUCAAGGGCCUACGACGCGCCUUGCCUCUUACCAGGCAGAAGCUGGAUUGGGAUAAGGUUCUUGGCUACAAGCUUGGUGCAGAGAUAUCUUCGAGUAAAGGUGUUUUUGGCAGUUCUUAG